AUGGGGCCGCGGGCUCCUCGCAGCUCGCCUGGCGGAGGUGCAGCCCCGUGGAGCGUGGCGAGGGCCGGGCAGCAGCGGGAGCGGGGCCCCCCGUACCGGGCAGCAGGCCCCACGGCCCGGCCGUGGAGUGCGGGCGGGCCCGGCCCUGCCUUCCCCUCCUUCUCUUGCCUUCCUUCCUUCCCUUCCCUUCCGCACCGGGCCGCGCUCCGCCCGCCGGCUCUCCGCGGCCCCUCAGGUGCGCUGAGCGGGGCGGUGCUCCCCUCGUUCUCCGGCCCGGCCGCCGCAGCUGCACGGCGGGCCUGUCACGUGGGGCGGUGGCGCUGCUGCUGCGGUCUAUCCUCCUCCACCUGCCCCGGAGAGCGGAGCGUGACCCGGCCAUGGGGCUGCAGCGGCGGCUGGUGCCACUCCCGGCCCCGCGGCGGGCGGGCCGCGCCGCAGGUUCUCGCGGCUCGGCGUAGAGGAGAGGCGGGCGCGGAGCUGCCGCGGAUCCCCCCCACCUCACGGUGA